CGGUGGCUCGCUGAUUAGCCACAAUGUGGUGCUAACUGCGGCGCAUUGUUUCGUGGAUCGAACGAGCUUGAAUGGCACUUUCCUGGACAAGUCGAAUUUCAUUGUUGUGCUGGGCAAGAAGCAGCUGCUGAUGCCCAACGAUAAGCCGUUGACCUUUGGAGUGGACGAGGUGGCGGUGCUGGUGACGAUGUUUAACAUGAAGAGCUAUGACAAGGAUAUCGCAUUGAUUCACCUCAACGGUACAGUGCCGCCAUUUAUACGCCCCGUUCAGAUGACCACGGUCACGGCACAGCCGCUAACCCACUGCCAGAUCUCCGCCUGGAACAAUGAUCAAAUGGAAUACUUUCUCGGCAAUUUGGUCAAGCUAAAUGUGACACUAAUCGAGCAGCCAGCCUGCCAACAGGUCGACCUGCAACCGGGCAUGAUCUGUGCGGAAAAUACGAACGACACCAAGCUGGCGGCCUGCACCGCUGAUGGUGGGGGACCGCUGCUCUGCCAGGGGCAGCUGGUUGGCAUCGGCUCGUGGGGAAUCCGCUGCGGCGUGCCCAACCAAUCGGGCAUCUACACCAGCGUGCAUCACUACAAAGCCUGGAUAGACGAGUUUGUGAAGCGCUACGAUAUACGUGAACAACGACAGGCAGUCGAAGCAGAAGCCGAUUCGGAUGCGGAAGAUCGGGAAGACUUGGAUUCCGAUAGGGACGAUGCUGAUGAAGAUUUUGACGGUCCGGAUUCUAAAGACCUAACGGAUGCCAUAGAUGCCACCAAGGCGGUAGGGGGCGCCAAAGCCUUCAAGCCAUCUAACAUGCAUUUAUAUUCCAUAUUCCUGUUCACCAUAUACCGCUUCUAGCGAUCCACAUGCUAUGAAUGAUACAAUGCCAUGAGUAGCCUACUUUUAGGAUCUUGUGCUCGAUUCCACUGCUGUGCGACGAAACAAAAACAAUUACUAAUAGUCCGAAAAAGUCCUAUCUAUCUGAGGCGACGAUAAUCGUUUAAACUGUUAUUUUUCUUGAUCUUUAGAAUAUCCCAUUAUCAAACCGCUCAAAAUUCCAUUUCGUGUUAUAAUUGGAAAAACUGUUUU